GCUGUAGAUCCAUCUUUCUUUUUCUUUUUCUUUUAAUGUCAUUUCGAUCUUCUUCUUGAUUUGUUACCAGCAACGUACAAAUUUGUAUUUAUAAAAUCCCCUUUAAAUGGGUACAUGUUAUUCCACCACCGGCGACGGCCGGCGAGAUAGAAAAGACGGUGGUGGCGAUGAAGAUGAUGAAACUGAUAGAUGGUGGAAGUCCAAAAGUGGUAGGAAGAUCAAUCGUAAACCCAUCGAUUUGAAGUUCAAAUUUGGUGGUGGCGGCGGCCGUGGCAGGGCGGCGGAGGAACGCGCCCUCCACCAGGUUCCCGGUAGACUUUUCGGUAAUGGGUCAAGUAGCAUCGCUUGUUUACAUACGCAGCAGGGAAAGAAAGGGACGAAUCAAGACGCCAUGAUCGUUUGGGAGAAAUUCGAUUCAACGAAUGAGGCGGUGUUUUGUGGAGUAUUUGACGGGCAUGGUCCGUACGGACAUAUGGUUGCUCGGAAAAUUAGGGACUCGCUUCCCGUUUUGUUGUCCACCCAUUGGAAAGCUACUUCAGAUAGCGAAAAUGGCGAUGCCAAUGGAAGCGUGCACGAUGAUGAAGAAGAAGAUAAAUGGUGUGAAGAAUUGGAAGUCGAAGAGAAAGAUCGAGUGCCCGAGAAGUACCUUUCACUUAAAAAGUCGAUAUUAAAAGCUUUCAGGUUAAUGGAUACAGAACUUAAAACACAUCCAUCGAUCGAUUGUUUUUGCAGUGGAUCAACUGCGGUCGCUUUGAUCAAGCAGGCUCAGGAUCUUAUAAUCGGAAAUCUUGGAGACUCGAGAGCGGUGUUGGCAACGAGAGACGAUGAAAAUGCGUUAGUUGCGGUUCAAUUGACCGUUGAUUUGAAACCCAAUCUCCCAAGAGAAGCAGCUCGGAUUCAGCAAUUCAAAGGACGGGUUUUCGCGUUGCAGGAUGAGCCAGAGGUUGCACGCGUGUGGUUGCCGAAUAGCGAUUCUCCUGGUUUGGCGAUGGCUCGAGCUUUCGGGGACUUUUGCCUAAAGGACUUCGGCUUAAUUUCCGUUCCAGAUGUUUAUUACCACCAUAUCACCGAUAAAGACAAGUUUGUCGUUCUUGCAACUGACGGGGUAUGGGAUGUUCUCUCGAAUAAAGAAGCUGUGGACAUCGUGGCGGCCGCCCCUAGCCGAUCAACCGCCGCCAGAGCUCUUGUCGAUUGUGCCACAAGGGCAUGGCGGCUGAAAUAUCCCACGUCCAAAAACGACGAUUGUGCUGCCGUAUGCCUAUUUCUUGAUCCAAAACCUGUGCCCGGUUCACAAAAGAUGGAAACCAAAGAACCUGAUAUUGGUAUCGUUCCACACGAACCUGCAACUAAUCCAACGGUUCUUGAGCAUUCAGGCACCGUUAGAGAUUCAAGCGAGAUCGUGCCGUUUGUCGAGCCGCCAGAAAACAAAUUGCCCGAAAAGGGUGUCGGUGGUUCGAAACGGAGCCUAGCUGAGUGCAUAACGAGUAACGAAGAUGAAGAAUGGUCGGCUCUCGAUGGCGUGACUCGGGUCAAUAGUCUGCUAAGCAUUCCAAGAUUCUUGACUGGUGAGAAAAGAUCAAACAGUUCAAGAAAACCUGUCAUCAAGAUUUGAUUUUUAAAGAAACCCAAAUCUUUUUAUGUGAUAUAUUUGAGGUUAAAGUUAUCAAGAUUCAAGAACAGUAGGCAUAGAUUUAAAAUUUUCUUGGUGAUGCUUCUGAUUUUUUGUGUAUAAGCAGGUUUUUGAUCUGUUGUUAUUGUUAAAGAUACAGAUUUUGUGUUGUUUAUAGAAAUAUACAGUAGAUUUUGA